AUGUCUGAUGAUGAAAAUGAAUUUCACUCCAAUCGGCCCAGGAGAAAAUUUACAAAGGAGCAACAAAUGCUUGGAAUGUGGGCAGAUGACAGCGAAGAAGAGGAAGUCCCAUCAAGAGCUCCUCCAAGAGGAUUUAAUAAAGGACCUAAGAAUUACACAGCCCCGGUUAGCUUCGUAGCUGGAGGGAUCCAGCAAGCGGGAAAGUCCAAAGAUAAAGACAAAAAAAAGGAGAAAGACAAAAAUGAUGACGAAGAUGACGAGGACCAAGAUGUGUCAAACACGUCCAGUGAUUCCGAGAAGGAAGAAGCAACCUCGAGGCCAUCAUUUUCUAUGAAUGCCGACGCAGUCGGUGGAAUCGCUGGGCUCAGAAAGAAACGUGCUCCAGUUAAUCCCUCGCUGAUGCGAACUGGAGUUGGAAACUGGGAAGUGCACACCAAGGGGAUUGGAGCGAAGCUGCUGCUCCAAAUGGGCUUCGAGCCCGGUAAAGGUUUGGGAAAAUCUCUCCAGGGUAUAAGUGCUCCCGUGGAAGCUCAAGUAAGACGUGGACGUGGUGCGAUUGGUGCCUACGGUCCUGAGAAGCUCGCCAAGGUUCCGCAGGAAAAAAAAGACGAGGAUGUUGAGAAGACCAAGGAGUUCAAAGUGAAGCUGUCGCAGUGGCGCAAGACUGAUGGAGUUACGAAGAAGAAGACCAAGUACUCGUACAAAAGCGUCGAUCAAGUUCUCGAGGAUGGGAAGCUCAGGCCGAAUGUCAAGACUUCCACCAGUGACAUGAGUCGUGUCAAAGUCAUCGACAUGACGGGUCCAGAACAGAGGGUACUCAGCGGGUACCACGCCAUAGCCGGUCAACACCGGCCUGAUGAUUCUGCUGCUGAAUUUGACAAAAAAUCUCAGACUCAUUUUGCACUUCCAGAACUCCAGCAUAAUUUGAACUUGAUCGUCGACAUGUGUGAGCAAAAUAUAAUCCAAAAUGACAGAAAAACUCGACAUCUAAGCGACAGGGUGGUGGCUCUUGAAGCCGAGCAGAAGAACAUGGAGAAAGUUAUUGAGCAACAUGACCAGCUGAUCAACACUCUUGACACCGUCGUUAAAAUUAUUGACAAUCUGAUGAUCAAUAACAAUGACAUGAGCCUCGAUGAGACUGCUGAAGCUUUUAGAAAACUACAGGACCAGUAUUACAACGACUACAAGACGUACGAGCUCGGGGAGCUGGCCAGCAGUCUCGUCACACCGAAACUAGCAAGCUCGAUGGCGAAGUGGAAUCCUCUGACGGAACCAAUGCAUCACCUCGACUCGAUAAGGCAGUGGAAAGACAUCCUGAGCAUCGGAAACAACCUGAUAGAAGCCAGAACAUCAACCACGCCGUAUGAUCAGCUGAUUUGGAAUGCCUGGAUGCCUCCAGUUCGCAGAGCUAUUGAGCAGUGGGCUUGUCGUCAGCCAGACCCGUUGAUUGAGCUGUUCGAGAACUGGAUGCCCUUCAUCCCCAAGUUCAUUAUGGAUGGCCUGGCGAUGACAGUCCUGCAGAAACUUACUGCUGAGGUGACUGAGUGGGAUCCAAGGACUGACACAGUCCCCAUUCACAUGUGGAUCCACCCGUGGCUGCCCUUGUUGGGAGAUAACAUGAAUACUGAGAUUUACCCGACAAUCAGACGGAAACUCGGCUCUGCGUUGGGAAGCUGGCAUCCGUCAGACAGAACCGCGAGACUCAUGUUGGAGCCUUGGUCCCAGGUAUUUCCAAAAGGUGACAUGGAGGCUUUCCUCAUCAAAAACAUCCUGCCGAAACUGGAAACCACAAUGUCUGAGUUUAUUAUUAAUCCACUCUCCCAGCAUCUGGACAAUUGGAACUGGGUCUACGACUGGGUGGGCUUACUGCCAGUUCACACGAUGGCUGGACUGCUGAACAAGUGUUUCUUUCCCAAAUGGCUUCAUGUUUUGGCAGCUUGGCUCAAUCAUUCGCCUAAUUACGACCAGAUCACCCAGUGGUACCUCGGCUGGAAGAAGAUGCUCAAUGACAAGCUUCUGGCCGAGCCUGUCAUCAAGGACAACUUCAAGAAAGCCCUGGAUAUGAUGAAUCGUGCUGUUUCUAAUACUCAGGGACUUCAGCCAGGCUCUGCUGAGUAUGUUUCGUACCUGAUGAGUCUUGAAAGGACCCAGCCAGCUCCUCAGAUUCCGGCUUCAGCUCAACCCCGAAUUGAUAGACUCGCAGAAGCUGUACGGACUGCCUCGCAAAUUCCUCAAGGCUUCAAGGAUCUUGUGCAGAAAAGAUGCGCUGAACGAGAUAUUGUCUUUAUGCCUUUGGCGAAUCGAUAUCGCGAGGCUAAGCAAGUAUAUAAAGUUGGAAACGUCCAGGCUUACAUUGACGGUAAUGUCCUUUUCGUUAACCAAAAGGCGUCUAAUUGGGUACCAACUUCCCUCAACGCCUUACUGGACAUGGCCGAGCUGUAA